CAGUCCUGUUAAUUUAUUUGCUCGUCCCCUUUUAUCGGGAAAAAAAACAAUUAGGGUUACGAUUUCCGAAUUAGCUUCCAUGGAAGAGAUCACAGCUGGAGUGAACAACAUGAACUUGGCCGUUGAUGAUCAGAAGAAGAACCGGAUUCAGGUUUCCAACACCAAGAAGCCAUUAUUCUUCUACGUUAAUCUCGCCAAGAGGUAUAUGCAGCAGUACAAUGAAGUCGAAUUGUCUGCCCUUGGGAUGGCUACUGCAACCGUUGUUACUAUCGCUGAAAUACUGAAGAACAAUGGUUUUGCUGUCGAAAAGAAGAUCAUGACUUCAACUGUGGAGAUUAAAGAUGACUCAAGGGGCCGUCCUGUGCAGAAAGUUAAGAUUGAAAUUACGCUUGUGAAGUCGGAGAAGUUUGAUGAACUAAUGGCUGCAGCCAAUGAAGAAAAAGAAGCUGCAGAAGCUCAGGUGCAGAGCUGAACGUAGCUUUUUUUUUUUUUUUAUAUAUAUUUGGUUUCAUGGUCUUUCUUCUCUCGUCUUGGUGCUUAUAUAUUUGUUUGAUUUUAUUAAUUUUUGGCUGAAUUUGAGAUGUUAUCUUAGAUGGUUUGUUGUACUUGUUACACUUUACAAUACUUGAUUAUAGCAAGAUAUUAUGGGUUCUUGACAAAAAAGAAAAAAGAAGAAAAAAAACAA